AUUUUCGUACUUCCUGGCAAAAAAUAACACUUUAAAGGCCACUCUUCUUGACUGAAAAUCCGAAAGGAGGAUAUAUGAAGACUUAAGAUUGUCUUCUGAUGGUUUUAGGGUCACCAAAUGACUUAUUUUGCCGCUGGUUUUGUCUGACGGAUUAGUGAUGAUGCCAUAUGUAUUCCAAUGACACAACCGUUUGGACGCCGUUAUGGAGAAGAAAUCAAGGUUUGAACUUAUUAAAAUUGUAGAGGCACAGAAAGAGCAGCUGGUACGCUACGAAACAAGACUUAGAGAUGUUGUGCGUGCCUAUAAAAAUCUAUUACAAGAAAAAGAGGCUUUAGAAGCGAGUAUCAAUGUCUUGACAACCAGCAAUAACCAAACAACAAAGAGCAGUCACAAAAAAGAAGCAGCUGAUGGCAAAGAUCAGAAUGAAAGUGUGGAGGAUGAGAAGAUCAGUGACAGUGCAGGCAAAAGUGAAGAUUCCUCAAGUUCCUUACAAGAAGAGGCUGUACAUAUGGAGGGAGUGUUGGAUCAUCCUCUAGCAGUAAAAGAAGAUGACAUGGAACAUGGAAAACAGUUGCAUCAAGAUGAGGAAAGCAGUUCACCCGAGCAAUCAGAGUUGGAAGCGCAGCAAGAGAAAAUUGCCACUCUCAGUGCAUCACUUGCUACUGUAAUGCAGCAAAAAUCAAAGAUGGAAGCCAGCUAUCAGGCUGACAAAAAGAAAAUGAUGCAAGAUCAUGAAGCUAAAGUCAAGGAGUAUGAAGAAGAAGCAGAGAAACUGAACAAGACUGUAGAAACACUUGAGGAACAGCUUCAAGAGCUCAAGCUGCGCAUGAGACAUGAGCAGCAAGCGCGUGAGGAAGAACAAAACAACCACGUUCUCAUGCUGCGUGAACUGCAAAUGCUUGUGUCAACUGAACGUUCUACAAAGGAAGACCUUGAACAGCAACUAGAUGAUGCCAAAGAACAAAUCCUGCUGAUGAAAAAAUCACCAGGCAACAAAACAGAGGAGUAUGAACGACAAAUUGCACAGCUGCAAAUUGAGUUGCAAGGAGUUCAAAAAAGGUUGAAGGAGGCUGAGAAAGCUUCCUCGCAACCUUCACCGUUACUGGUUCAGUUACAGGCUGAGAUGUCCAAGAUGAAGAAGGAGCACGCUGAGGCUGUUAUAAGGGAACAGAAGAGGGCUAAUGAUGCUGAAGAACGACUGAGGAUUAUUACCAGUUUGGAAGAGUGCAGAGUGGCAGAUUUGGAGGUGAAACUCUCUGAGUUGUCAGAAGUUGUUGGAAAUUACGAAAAGCUCAGACUACAAGAUCAGCAAGCUAUUCAGAAGCUGAAGGAACGUUUGCAGAAGCUGGAUGUGGAGAAUGCUACAUUAACUCGACAGAUCAGUACAGAGGAAAACAGAACACCAGACAAUGAAAGAGACCUUUUAGAAGAUGAAACACCAGAGGAAUUGAAAAAGCAAGUUUUUAAGUUAAAAGGAUUGCUUAAGAUCGCUAUGGAUUCUUCUGACAAGCCACUGGAUCUGGAAGAGCUGAGCAAGUCGGAGUUGGAGUCUCUUUUUGUGAACGACCCUUCACAUAAAGUUUGUCAACAAGAACUGCGGCAGCUAAAGGAAGAAUUUGAAAGAUACAAAGUCAAGACACAGGCGCUUCACAAGAACAAAUCCUUCAAAGAGCUUAGUGAACAGUUGGAGAACUUGGAGAAACUAAAAAAAGACAAUGCUGAAUUAGAAAAGCAAAUUGAAGACUUAAAACACUCUAGCAAUGAAAAAGAACAAGAUCAAAGAAAGGUGAUCACAAACUUGCGGGAUUCGCUCAAGUUGAUGGAGGAGAAACACAAACAUGAAAACGAGGAAUCAAACACUAUUUACAAACAAAAACUUGAGGAACUUGAAAGGCAGGUGCUAAAUCAAAGGGAACGAACUCUCGCCCUAGUGGCAGAGAAAGAUUCAGAGAUUGAAACGCUGAGAAAUCGUAUCCCUUCAAACAGUCCUUCAGCUGAGAGCAGCACUGCAAGAUCAGCCUUUUCUUAUCAGAGAAAGUUUGUGGAGAUAACUGGUGGUUCCCAGGCCACUUUGGACUCUCCUCAGUCAUCUGAAGCCGAUGUUGCAGUUCAUCAGCUCUUGACCAAACCUUCUGGGGCUAGCAGUAGUGAGAGUACACUGGUACACUAUGCUCAACAGCAAGCCAGAAGAGAAGCAGAAAGCACAGCAAUACGGCGACAGAGGAAUGAACUUGAAGUGGCCUUGAGAGAUGCAGAAAUUAGAGGUGACAAACUCAUGGAUCAGGCCAAUCUCCUCAAAGAAGAAAUCAGGAAACUUGAAAGAAAUAGGUCUCGUGAGAGUGCCAACUUAGAAUAUCUAAAGAACAUUGUGCUAAGGUUUAUGAUGAGCACGAGUUAUUCAGUCAAACAACAAAUGAUUACAGCUAUUGCAACUAUUUUGGAGUUUAGUCCUAAAGAGCUGAGCCAAGUGAGAAAAGUCCAGUCAGCUACGUGGUGGGGAACCUAAGGCGGUGGAUUUCAUUAGCGACUUGUUAGAUGAACGAAUAUGAUAAUUUGAGUCAAAUACUCAUUUUAAAUAGAUAUUUUACAAAGUGAGGGACAAUAUUUUUUGUAGACGAAGUUUUUAUAAGUAAUAUAUGUGUUUCAAGUUAGGAUCUAUCUCUGCCGCUCUCUCGGGAAUCGAGCUUAGCUUCAAGUUCAGUGUUAGCCUAUUUAGCAUCAUUUGACUGACAAACAACUCAUCAGUCAGUAAUAUUACUAUUUAACUUUAGAACGAGCCUGCCAUUAAUACAGAUGGAUGGUCGGAUUAAUUCGACAGUAACGUGAAUCGUGUCACUUAAAAAAUCAUCAGUGCAUCAGAAAAUUCCUGGGUAUCUGAUGACACACUUUUCAUAACCCUACAUAAUCACUAAAGUUAAUCUGAAACGUUUAUAUUCGUCAGAUAUCGAAGCAUUAUUCGUCUUUAUACAGAUUUCGUUUUGGUAGUCUUGGAGUAUUCGGCCCGUUUUAGGAAUCCAGUUUGAAAGUAUUUAUUAGAAGCAGGUUCUCAAUGUGAGAAGGAGAGAAAAAAUUCAUCUAAAUAUUUUACUCACAUUUUUGCAUUAGAUUUGUAUCAAAAGUGGUGUGAAAGGAAAUAUUCAAUUAUUUGAACAAUCUUUUGUUUGGCAAAGUACAUAGCCUUUUCCUAUCGGGGGGUGCUUCUAUUAAUCUCCAAGAAGACGUACUCGAAAAUGGCAUUUGUUUCCCGACUGUAGCCUAUUUUUUCUUUCGGGUAUAGUAGGGUGGCCGUCACACAGGCUAACCGAAUGAGGAUUUAAAAUUAUGUGUUCGCUUAUGUUUCAAGUUCUGACUCUGUUACUGGCUUAUGCGAGUUUUUCCCGCCCUUUUUGGGCGGUUCUUUGUUUUAUUAGGCCUUGACACGCGGCUACCUUUUUUCCAUUGUUUGGUGCUGCGAAUUGUAAUUGGUCACUCUGUCAUUUGCGUUUGUUUCAAUUACUUUUUGUUGUACUGUUACAGAGUAGCAGCUGUACCUGAAAACCGCUCUUAAUAGAAAAAUUAAGUUUUAUUAAUGAAAAUGGGAUGGGAUGGGAUAGGAUAGGACUCCGAGGUGAAUGUAGAAUAUAUUCUGAGAAUUGAAUAAAUAAUAAGAACCUUUAA